AAAGUGAUUUCAUGUGAAGGUAUAUAGGAAAUGCAUUUUGCAUCGACAAUCUGUAUUAAGAAAGUUCUUGGGUGAUUGGACAUGGUCGGGAGAAUUUGAGAUAAAGCGAUAUAAAACAAAAUUCACUCAACCUUGCUGGAUUAUUUUAGUGUUUGUUUUCCCGCCAUAAGUGAAAGUUGAGAAAAGAUUCAGAUAUGAAAAUGAAAGUGGAAGUGAUUGUUGCUCUUCUUACCUUCUUCGCUUACAGUGCUUCUGCACAACUGAAUCAAGUGUACGCAACAGUUCAAAGACCAAAACAGCUGCCAUCGACCCACAUAACGACUUCAAAGCCAUAUGACUACACCACAAUAUCUUUGUCACCAAAAACAUCCAUUAGUGUUCAGCAUUCUAUCGUUAGAAACCAGCCAGCCUAUCCUUUUCCUUAUACGGAAACUACUUUGCAAGCUGAUGGCUCAGAAGACACCAGUUACUACUACACAUAUGAAGAAACUUCCGAAGAAACUACAAAAAAACCAUACAUGUUGUCCCCUCCACCAACAACACCUGGACCUUCUACCAAGAAGCCAGCUGUCAGAAGUUUCUGGAACAGUCAAAAAGCCUUGCUGGAUGCUAGAAGAAAAGAAAGUUCUCAAAAAUUCGUAACAUCAUACACGACGAGAUCAACAGAAAGACCCAAGAUUGAGUUUAAGGCAAGAGAAAAACCCAAGUUUGGUUUGGCCAGCAAGAGCAAGUUUACAACCACAACAACUGCACCUACAACUGAAGAUAAACUGCAGACGACAACUGUAAAAUCCGUCAAAUACAACGCGAAUAAUGCCAAUUCAGCGGAUAACAAAGCGGAAGACAAAGUAGAAACUGCAAAGGGCAUUGCGAAAGAUUCUGGAGAUAGAUUGACGAAUAAAAUCACUGGAAGAAUCGGAGAACUACCCUAUCUGACGAACCCUGUAACACAAGUCCAGCCAUACCUGUAUCCAACAACUGUUCCCGGAAAUUCAAAGCAAGUUAAAUUCGAUGAUUCUAUGGGCACUACUCAACUUGUCGACAAUUCUCGCCAAGUAGUUACAAGUAACUAUAAACCUUUACCAAGCUCAGGAAAUGACGGCGAUUCAAAGACUAUCAGUAACCUUAAUAAACAGAUUCCUUUGCUUGCAAGUUUCAUUCAACAGCAGUCAAAAAUAAGCUCGACUCAACCACCAACAAUUACUACUGCUUCAAAUUCAAAAAUGGAUCCAAAUGAAUUUCUGAAAAGAUUGUUGAGUCAGCAAAUCCUAUCUAGCCCAAAUCCACAUCGUUCAAACAUAAAUCAACAACCUCUAGCAAGCAACAAUCAUUUGGUACAAAACCAAAACAAAUUGCCGUUACCAAACGCAAACUUUCAAAAUUUUAAUAGGCCACUAAACAACAUUCCACUUAAUCCGCUCCCAAGCAAUCUUAAUCAACAAACAAGUAAUUUUAACCCACAAACAAGUAAUUUUAACCCACAAACAAGUAAUUUUAACCCACAAACUAGCAAUACGAUUCUAGCCACUCUUCCUUUGGGAAGCGGUGUGCAAAGAGCCGGAGAACUUCUUGCAACCAGUAAUACUCCAGCAUCGACUUUGUUGUCUAGGUUAGGAAAUUUAGCUUUAAAUUUAGGAGGUGGUGAUGCACCAGCAGUAAGUAAUUACAUUACGGGCAGAGAUGGUGGAGGAUCGGGUUUGGCAUUCAACUUAGGUCCAAUACCUGAUCCUUUAACAGUACUUUUAAAACUUCUAUCCCUCUUACCACGCCCACUACUUGAUCUGAAUGGUAAAAUCUUCUUUGGAAUAGAGUUGGGCAAAAACGCUGGUCUUACAACGAAACCAAUAGGUUAAUAAUAAUAUUAAAAAGGUAGUAAAUAGAACUGUAAAAUAAAUUUUGUAAAAUAAAU